AUAGUUUAUUAUUAUUUCUUUUUUACCAUCUACUUGCCAUCAUUGUUAAUCAUCUUGUUUAUUUCUAUUUUUAUUCAUAAUAAAGUGAUUUCUAAAUACAAUUUGUCUUAUUAAAAGUUUUACUAUGAGACAACUAUCAAAUUAUAUUGGUAUAAAAUAUACUUCAUGAAUAAAUUUGGCGCAGACCGGCAACUAAGUAGGUCGCUAUCCUGGGUUCUUCGCCACGGAGCCGUGAAAGAGGGGCUUGUUAUAAGGUGCUCAACUGUUGCCAUAGAAAAUGUCAGCGGAACAGCCCCAAGGAUCUUCACCAAGACGUCGUGCACCUAAUAAGCAUGAACAGCCAGCACAGGGUAGUCUUAAAGGUCAUCUAAAAGUACAUGUUUCUGGGUUUCCUCCUUACACAAGAGUGGAAGACUUGAAAUAUGUAUUUGCUACAUAUGGUCACGUCAAGGUUAAAUUAUUUAAGAAGUAUGCCAUUCUCACUUUGCCCGAUGAAGAUAGCGUUCUCGAUGCAAUUGCACACUCAAAGAAGAUUUCCGUGUAUGGCUCGUUUCUGACAAUAAAGCUUGACAAGGGGGAACCCACCCCAUCCAAAAAAUUAGACAGAUUUGUGCGAAGCAAGGAAAAGAGUGUAAUAAUAGAGCCGGGGAAGAUCGGGCUGAAGGGUGACUUCGAGCAUCAGUUGGAGCAGGUGUUGGACGCCGUCAGACUCACGCGAGACGAGGUCGUCAACAUCUCUGCGCUCUACGUGGACCUCGAGAACGCCCUGCGCACCGUUUGGCCAGACUGCUGCGCCGUCCCGUUCGGGUCCAUCACGACGGGGCUGGGCAUCAAGAGCAGCGACGCGGACUGCUUCGUGCGGCUGCCGGCGCGGCUGCGAGGCGACGACGCCGCCCACGUCAUGCGCACCAAGCGGCUGCUCCAGCUCUACCCCGACGUGUUCGCCGAGGUCUUCGCCAUCCCCAACGCGCACACGCCCAUCGUGAAGUUCUUCCACGUGCCCACGGAGACCACCUGCGACGUGUCCUUCAAGACCCCGCUGGGCUCGCAGAACAGCCGCCUGGUGGCCUUCCUGCUGCAUUCGGACGCUCGUCUGCUGCCGCUCGCCGUCGUCAUCAAGUACUGGGCCAAGGUGCACGAGCUGUCGGGCACCGGCAAGGUGACCAACUACGCGCUGACGAUGCUCCUCGUCUUCUUCCUGCAGCUGCUGGGAAUCCUUCCCUCCGUCGAGAGCCUGCAGCGGGGUCGCGAGGAUCUAGUGGACGGCUGGAACACGGCUUUCGCGACCGACCCGCUGACGCCCUCGCCCGCCAGGGCCUCCGUCGAGGACCUCCUCGGAGGGUUCUUCAAGUUCUACGCCGCCUUCGACUUCAACAAGUUCGUCGUCUGCCCGUUCCUCGGCCGAGAGAUCGAGAAGGCCGCCUUCGCGAAUCUCGCCUCCCUGCCCGCCGCCUUCGACCGGUACAAGCGGAACGUCGAGAGCGGAGCGGCCCGCCCGAUGAAGUUUUCGACCCCCGUUUGCAUACAGGACCCCUUCCAGCUGUGUCACAACGUGGGCGGCUCCGUCGGCGGGAAGCUGGCCGACGAGCUGCCGCAGUAUAUCAAGUUCGCGGCGACGACCUUUCGGGAGUCCAGAGAGGAAUUUCUCGAGACGAUUCUGUUAAAGAAACCGAAGAUCGCGGUGCCCGACAAGAACAAGAUCAGAGCCGUCGUGCACUCCAGGGACUUGGACCGGGUGGUCGGCGACGAGUGGAAAGCUAUCAUCAAAAACGUGAUACGUAUCCUCUUCGAAGACAUCUGCCGCUCGACGCUCGUCGUCCUGGAGACGGAGGAGAGACCCGGGACGACGAGACAGAUAGAGCGCUACGCCGUCACUCUGACGAAAGCCGUCUGGGACAGGAAGAGAUUGACCAAACUGUACAAACACGCGGGGGGCACUUUCCUAGAGAAACAGAUGAACAUUUCGCAGGAGAUAAUGGACACCCGCGAGGAGUGCGGCGUGCACUUGAAGAUACGCCUGGUCGUCAGCUUCCCUCGAAUUUCCCGAGCCACGUCGGUGUACAUCGAGUACGUCGACGGCGACAAGGCCGAUUUCCAACAGUUCGGAAAGAUGUUCCGGCUCAUGAUCAAGGGUUGGUUCUUCGAGUUGGUGAAACCUUUUCUGCCGCCCGCCCCCGAGAACAAGCGUCCCGGAACGCAAAGAGAAGGUGUGGGAAACGAUAUCGACAGAAGUGACUCGAUCGAAUCUGACGAUUUAUCGGAUAGGUUACGAGAUAACUGUUCAGUGAGUGAUGCUUCUAAAUGACUAAAUGAUGUGUGAAGUAAUUUUGAAAAUUGAAUUAUUUUGAAUUUUUUAAUUGUUUGUAAAGCCCACUCUUAUUAAAGUCUCCUGGACCUGUCGCGUGACAUCGUGACGUGAAAUUGUUGAUAUUUGAAUUCUGUUGUGUCGGCGCUAGAGGUGUCUACUGACCUAAGUAUUCCAUUGUAAUUAUUUUGAAAAACUUUAAGCUGUGAGGCCCGUGAACUUGAAGAUCAAAGACUUAGGGUUCAGUAGAGAUCUCUUUCCGGUACUGUAUGUAGAAAGCCGAAAACUAAAUUUGUAUCUUAUUUGUCGACACGAACUGUCAUUUUCAUACAAAUAAAUCGACUUUCUACAUAAGUAAUAAAUAAUAAUACAUGUCUUAAUUAAAAUUGAACAUUUGACAUGAUCAUACUAGAGUAGAGAGUAUAUUAUAGUUCUUUGACGACAAUCUUUAAAUUGAUUCAAAAUUUAAAGGUUUUGAAGAGUAAUUAAAAACAAAUUGUUGUAAUGUGUAGUUUUAUGACGAAGCUUAGAGUUCUUCGUCAGAAUUAGAAAUUGUCUAUGAAUUUCAAUGUUUAAAUUAUCAUCACUAAGCUUUUGACAUGUCGGAUACUGGAAUUUUUAGAAUAAGCUUGAAUUAGAAGAUAUAAAAAUUGUAAAAUAGAAAGAUAGCUGUGGCGACGAGUCGUGCGAUCUCGUAAGUACAUUUUAGUCUUUACUAGACGUUUGACCUAGGAAUUUUUAUUCAUGGGAAAAUUUAUUCUUAAUGUAUGUUAAUGGUUUAUCGUAAAUAUUAAAAUAUUUUUUUUAAUAA